UCUUCUUUUCUUUCCCCAAAUUAUGAAAUUGUUCCUCCAUCUCUUCUUAGACAUCCUCCACUUCCGACCUCUUGGAUCUCUUUCACGGAUACUUUGCUCGAAGCGCUCUCGCGGAUACAGAAUUACAGAGUUCUUUCUCCCCCCUCAGUUACCCGCCAAAAGGGUAUAAUUUUUAACUCCCCCAAUCUCUUCUCCCUUCUUUUUUCGCUCCAAUGGCUUAACGGAUCUCUCUGCUGCCAAGGUGUUGCUUCCGCUAUUGCAGAUUUGCCAUUUAUGCGGCAGGUUGUCCCGGAACGGCGGCGAUUCGCUGGACGGACAGGCUAGCUGUGUUGUUGUUUCUUCUUUUUCCGGGAUGGAAUCCACGGCCGGGUUGAAAUUCGAGGGUGUGGGCGAGAAGAGGCCGCCGGACUCCGAGGCGAUCGAGGAGCGGCCAGAAGGGAAGAGGGCGAGGGCGACCGUGGGCGGGAAUGUGAAGAAGGUCGCGGAAUUGGUGCUUGUGCUCGCCGCAAUGGGGAAGAUGAGGGGCGGGUGGAGCCCCAGUGAUGCGGAGAAGGAGAUGAUGGUGGAAGCAAGGGAUAAGUUGGCAGAUGUGUGCCAAACGUUUGCUCCCAAGGAUGUGUUUCCGAGGGACGCGUUUGGAGGUGUGAUCGAGGACCUUGGCCUUGAUAAGCUGAAGGAACAGAGGUUAGGGAUUCGCCCUCCUAAGAUGUCUAUUGCUGAGACGAUGUUGAUUUCCAAAAGACAGAUGGAAAAACCUGCAGAACCCAUACAAUCUGCUCUUUAUUCAUCCCAACGCUUGCAAUCACAUUCGGGUGCAACGGUUGAGAAUCGUGGUCCUCCAUCAAAUGCUAAUCGAAUCUUUCCAUCUGAUAAACCAGGGCAUGCACCGAAUUCGUACGGAAAUUUUCAGUCAGCUGCAACUCUGGGUCAUGGACCUGCUGCAAAUUCUGCAUCUUUACCUCAUCAAUUGCCUACAAGUGAGAUCAAACAUAGUAUUCACAACGGGUUAGCCGCUAGUAAUAUGGGUAAAGACACAUCUCCAGUGCUAUUGCCGCGUGCUGAAAGGCCACAUCUCAGAUCUGACGGGAGGUUAAAUGCUGCUUCUCAUAUUCAAGAUAACCCAACCUUGAGGCCGCCUAACUGGCCGAUGGCACCUUCAUCACAUUCAGCGGCUAAAUUGGGACCUGACAUUGGGAUUCCAGCACAUUCAUCGGUAAAAGUUGAGGGUGGUGCGGGUCACAAGUCAGUGAUGGCCCACCAACCAACAACGUCCAGACCUUAUAUCAAUCAGGCUUCCUUUGGAAACUUGCCAAAUGCACACCAGCAUAUUCAUGGAAUGAGUUUUGUUCCUGCACAUCCUCCGAGUAGCCCCCAUGCUGAAGUUGGUAAGAUUGUUCAGAGGUUCCUACAACACCAACUUCGUGAUAGACCUGCUUGGACUCCACCAUCUAGAGAUUAUAUGAGCAAGGCACUGCCUUGUCAGAUGUGCAAGUCUACAGUGACUGGUGUGGAUAACAUUCUUAUUUGUGAUGCUUGUGAAAAAGGGUAUCACUUGAAAUGCAUUAAUAUGACUAAUCCGAAAGGUAUUCCCAGGGGGGAAUGGCAUUGUGGGAAGUGCUUAUCACUAACAUAUGGUAAACCACUGCCCCCAAAGUAUGGCCGUGUCAUGAGGAAUAGCAAUGCUCCAAAGACCUCUUCAAAUGCACUAAUGGCUCAGCCAUAUUUAGACAAAAAAGUUUCUCGUGCAAGUGAGAAGUUCACUCAGCAGAAGGUGGCAGUCAAUGAGAAUGCUGCUUUACAAAAUCCUCCUUCUCUAGAUAUAGCAAAUAGAGAUGACACUGUGUCAAGUAAUAAAAAUAUUGAUAGUAGAGCUUCUUCGGAAUCCUUUCCAAACAUUAUGGUGAAAUCAUUUAGUGAUAACGGUGCUUCCCCUGUUUGCGCAUCAGCUGAUAAACCUUUCCAAGGGGAUUCAGUUGAUUUGAAACAGGAGCCUCAUGCAACAACUAAGACAACACUGAUUUCAUCUGACCAUUCACACCCAUCUUCGAACCUCCCAAAUGUAGAUCAUGUUCCACCAAAUAGUGAAGAGCUUUCAUUGAAAGGGUCUACUGGCAAUCACCUUGAUGUUGUUGAUUUGAAGGAGUCUUUUGAUAGGGCUUCUUUCAGGACCAGUUCCAUUGGUGUUGCUCAAGGAGGCGAAAGCAUGAAAGACAAUAAUUCUUUAUCAGAUUGCUUAAAUAAUGUUGAUUGGGUUGGCAUCAAACAUACAGUUGAGGAUGAGAAAGAGUAUUAUGAAGCAUGCCGCAUUAAUGGCUGUACAUACAGUCUCAGAGACUAUGCUCUUAUUCGUUUUGAAAAUGAUCGACUGAUUCCUUCAAAGAUUCAGACUAUGUGGGAAGAUACCAAAAGUGGAACCAAAUGGGUUACUGUUACUAGAUGUUACUCUCCUAGAGAUUUGCCAGCAUCUGUGGGGAGGCCCUGUAGUCUGGAAAGCAGCGAGGUCUAUUUGUCUAAUUUUGAGAGUUCUGUAAUGGCUGGGCUGAUUCAAGGCCCUUGUGAAGUUCUUCCUUCAAGCCGGUUCGUUGAAGAAAGAGAAAGGAGAACUCUUGCUGGAACAGAGCAAAAUGCUUCAGGACCGCUUUACCUUUGCAAGUGGAUUUUUGAUGAAGCAAAGGGCCUAUUCCGUGACGUUUCCUGUUAAUCGUGCUCAAGUCAUGUGUUCUUUCCUUCCCUCUGUCCCAGUCAACCGGGCAGCCCUUCUGAACUGUGGUUUUCAGAGAUGGAGUUGCGCGUACGAUAUGAUUCUCGGAAGGAAGUGCGCGAAUUCACUUUCAUUUAUGGCUUGUUAGUUUAGUGAAAUGUAGAAAGGAGGUAGAUUUGGUCUCUCUUUAGAUUAGAUGCCGCCAUCCCAGUAUCGCUUAUAUUAUGCUAAGGUAAAUUUAUUCUUUUGCUAAACAGAUUUUUUUUUUUAAAAAAAAUUUCUGUGAGCAUUGUUUCUUCUACAGCAUAAUAGUGUAUAUAGUCAAUUUAAACGUCUGUUGCUGCUGCCUAUUGGGCAAUAAAUUCCCGAGGCGAGGUUUUAAAAAAAAAGAGCAAUACAAGUUGAGAUUUCGG